UUCUGCCCGACUGCCGAAGCCUCUGUUUGCAGCUCGGCAAGACUCUCAACUUGGAUCUAGUACGCUUUAAUCAAAGCUAUAGCAAUCAGUUGAUAAAUCCACAACCAACAGACAGCAAUGCGAAGGAAAUCAAGGAUAUUACUGUGCUUUGCGGUCCUCUGGGUGCUUGGCAUAGCGUAUUAUUUCUAUUCGGGAACAACAUUAAAUCGAAAGGAUGACUGGAGUGCAGGUGACUCGUCGAGUAGACACCAAGCCCUCAGCAACGCAGACGACAAAACACACAGUCUGGAGACGCUGGCACCAGGAAAGGUGCGGUGGCAGGACUUUGACCAGGACCUGUACGUGGGGGCGACGGUGGUACGGCCAGGUCAGGACCCCUACGCCCGGAACAAGUUCAACCAGGUGGAGAGCGACAAGCUCCACAUGGACCGCGGCGUGCCCGACACGCGACACGACCACUGCAAACAUAAACAGUGGAAGACGGAGCUGCCGUCGUCUAGUGUCGUCAUAACCUUCCACAACGAGGCGCGCUCCGCCCUGCUGCGCACGGUGGUCAGCGUCUUGAAGAAGAGCCCCGCCCACCUGGUGAAGGAGAUCAUCCUGGUGGACGACUAUAGUGACAACGCUGAGGACGGGGCCUUGCUGGGGAAGAUCGAGAAGAUCCGGGUCCUCCGCAACGACCGGCGGGAAGGUCUGAUGAGGUCCAGGGUCCGAGGGGCCGAUGCUGCUACUGCCUCUGUCCUCACCUUCCUGGACAGCCACUGCGAGUGUAACGAACACUGGCUGGAGCCCCUGCUGGAGAGGGUGGCUGAGGACAAGACGCGGGUGGUGUCCCCCAUCAUCGACGUCAUCAACAUGGACAACUUCCAGUACGUGGGCGCCUCUGCAGACCUCAAAGGAGGGUUUGACUGGAACCUGGUAUUCAAAUGGGACUACAUGACUCUGGAGCAGAGGAGAGCUCGCCAGGGGAACCCCAUAGCUCCCAUCAAGACUCCUAUGAUAGCUGGGGGACUCUUUGUGAUGGACAAGGACUACUUUGAGGAGCUGGGGAAGUACGACAUGAUGAUGGACGUGUGGGGAGGAGAGAACCUCGAGAUCUCGUUCCGUGUGUGGCAGUGUGCAGGCAGCCUGGAGAUCAUCCCUUGCAGCAGAGUGGGUCACGUCUUCAGGAAGCAGCAUCCCUACACCUUCCCAGGAGGCAGCGGGACUGUGUUUGCCCGGAACACGCGGAGAGCUGCGGAGGUGUGGAUGGACGAGUUUAAGAACUUCUACUACGCUGCCGUGCCCUCGGCCAGAAACGUGCCCUACGGCAACAUCCAGAGCAGGCUGGAGAUGAAGAAGAGACUGGGCUGUAAGCCGUUCAAGUGGUACCUGGAGAACGUCUACCCUGAGCUCAGAGUUCCAGAUCACCAGGACAUAGCCUUUGGAGCACUGCAACAGGGGGGAAACUGCCUGGACACCCUGGGUCACUUUGCUGAUGGCGUAGUGGGCAUGUACGAGUGUCACAAUGCCGGUGGCAAUCAGGUACCGAUCGGGGCUCAGGAGUGGGCCCUGACUAAAGACAAGUCUGUGAAGCACAUGGACCUGUGUUUGACAGUGGUGGAGCGCACGGCAGGGUCGCUAAUCAAACUGCAGGGCUGCCGGGAGAACGACAGCAGACAGAAAUGGGAGCAGAUCGAGAGCAACUCCAAGCUGCGUCACGUGGGCAGCAACCUGUGUCUGGACAGCAGGAGCGCGCGGGUCGGAGGCCUCACCGUGGAGGUCUGCAGCUCCAACCUCAACCAGCAAUGGAAGUUCACUCUCAAUCUCCAGCCCUAGAGACUCCACACACACACACCGACAACAUCCGCAACACACCUCCUCCUCCUGCAAUUCCUCCGCCCUCGAACCUCUUCUCCAUUCCAGCCGUUGGGGGGGAGGGAGGGGGAUGCAGCCAACCAAUUGCACCACCUGGUACCACCUCAUACACGCCUUCUGGGGUGGGUCUUGUCCAUUUAUGGAGAGAGGUAGGAUGGGAAGUAAACUAAGGUGGGGUGGUGGCAGUAGUGGUGUUGAUAAUGAUGAAAGUGAAGAUGAUGUUUUCCAUCCAACUACAUACCUCAGUGUUUCAUCUUUGGUCCUGCUCUUGGAGAGAGAAAAUACCUUUUAUUUCCUUCAAUCCAGGUGAAAUGGAAUGACUCGGUGACUUAGUUUCUUUGAAUUUGAUGAACUUUUUUUUUAAUUUUUUUUAUUUUUUUUUUAUUUCCACCGAAUAUCACAGAUUAUUUCCUGAAAUGGAAGUGACUAUUUCUUUGUUAGUUUUUCUCAAGUAAUCUAUUGUUGUGGAAUGUAAAGACGUAUUCUACAGAAGUUUCCUAGAGAUGCAGACCUGAGCGCAGGUGGAAGGUUGGAGUUUGAGUUUGGGCUUGAUCCUGCUCUCUGAAGGGAACGGAAAGCUAUGCGCUGAGCACACCUAUGUUCACUUACGCUGAGCCCUGAUUGGCCACUUGGAUGGCAUGAACAAAUAAAUGAAAAAAAUAUAUAAUUUCUACGGAGUGUGAUUGUACUCCUGUCCCAUGUGAUGUGAGACCGAGUCAGAAUAUUUUGGGGUCAAAGAGUUGACCAGAACAUAGAAAUUCAACCAGGACAUGGACCCGAGUCUGCUGGAAGGUCCUUAUGCAGUAGCACCGGUUGCUAUGCUCUUCCACCCUCCAUCACAACCUGUCAGAAAGUACAUACAGUAUAUUUUCUUUCUUGUUUUUCUUUCUUUCUUUCUUUGGCAAAGCAGUACUCUGUCCAAAUUGUUUUAAUGUUUCAGUUGUUGUGCUCUCAAGCAAACAGUAAAACAAUGUUUUGUGUAUUGUAGAAUAAUCAAAUGAGUAAGAUGGUUAUUGAAUGGAUAUUUCUGUUUGUAAUCUCUCUGGUUCCUCUAGGACUGUUCCCUUGUGAGAAACACUUGUCUACUUCCUUGGUCAAAGAUUGUUUCCUUUUUUUCCUGUGUCAGUGUUGCCAUGGUACUUCUAUGUAUUCUUGAUUACCGUACAUCAAAUUAUAUUGCUUACAGAGUAAAGUGGGAACCAUACUAUCUGUGCUAUAAGUGUUCUUGAGAUGUUGUCUGACAGCAUUCUCAUAAUGUACUUUGGGAGUCCUUAAGAGUCCUUAUUAUGGUCUGUGACGGAUGAUCUGCCAUUUCUAGAAAAAAUCAGUGUCCGUUUGAGGUUACUGACAAGAAAGAACAGCAUGUGUUUCAUCAAUCUUGAAUUUUCUGUAAUUUCUGUCAUUAUUUCGUGUGCGCCUGUCAGUGUAUUUUUACCUACUUUGUGACUGAUGCCUUGCCUUUUCUAAUAUCUACCAUACUGUAAGGAAGAGUGUCUUUGUGUUGUUGGGCCACACUGCCCCCUGCUGGACUCACAAGGGAGAAAAGCAAUAAGAUUACCUGUUUCCUGUAACAUCAGUCAUUGCUGUGAAUUUGGCUUUCAUUAUCCUCCUCUUGUUCUGUAACAAGACAUCUGUAGUACUGAUGAGGCCCAGCAAACAGAGGCCACCUAUACUGAGAAGGCUGAUGUGACCAAAUUGGAUUGGCUCAUUUUUGUUGUGUCCAGGAUCAAGCCACCAUGUUAUAAAGAUUAACCUACUCAGUAACCAACUACUCAUUCAGUACUACUUGGCUAACAGUGUUUUCCUUUGCCGUUUUUGUGUAGAAACUCAUCUCCAGUCAGCCCAGAGCCCAAUAUACAGGCAUCUAUACCUUCACACUCCUUGUGAGAGAACUGACUGAUCCAACUUGACUGGACAGGUGAAAUGUGGUGCACUACUCCACCUUUAUUCUAUAAGUCUGGUCAGGUCAGUGAUUUAUCCCAAGGGAGGAUAAAGGUAAAGGAGAAUAAGUAUUUGUAUAGGGCCCUAAAACUGCUUUAGCGGAAAGGAUAAAGCCCUUUUACACAGGUAACUUUAACUGAACAGCCAAACUGACCUUGGGGCUGUAGUUUUGGGGCAGGAGAUGGGGGGGGGCUGGUCCAUAGCUGCCUGAUCCAACUUCUCCAGUAUGAAAGAUAGUAGCUAAUCGGUGAGGUGGCGUGAUCCAAUCAGAAAGUUGGAGGACAGCUGGGCUGAAAAGGCAGGGCUAAUGGGGAAGUCUGAUUUGAUGACAAAAAGGUCACAUGGUGGGAAGUCUGUCCAAAUGUUCUGAUUGAAUGUUUGACAUCUUAUUGGACGUCCCAGUUUCCUGUCAGAUCUCCUCCUUCUGUGCUUGUGAGGAGAGGAAGAACUGAGUAAAAGCUUAAGAGAUUCAUGCUUUGGGUUCUUUUCAACACCAACCAGUUUUAAACAAAGACAGGCAAAUCAGUCAGCAAGCCUUUAGGUGAAAGUUUGCCAUUUAUUUUCCUUAAUUCUGGUGAUGCGGGAGAGGAGAAAUCAUCCUAGAAAUACAGACACAUUUUAAUUGGAUGAAAUGUUUACAUAGCACAAUGUGCCAAGUUAUUUACUAUUUGAUUUGCAUUGUGAAUAUAUUUGUACUCAAGAUUGGGACUUGGAGAAGCAUAAUGCCCAUUGACAUAAUUACAGAUAAUAAACCAAAUUCAGAAUCGUGAAAAUAGUAAUUUGAGAUAUUAUCUAGUAUGGUGUGGUCCUCUUUAAAAAAUAACUAUUGUUUGCUGUAGGACAAUUGGAUACAUUGGAAUUUAAAAUCAUGUGAAGUGGCCUGGAGUUAGCAUUGGGUAACAAUGUAAAAGUGUAUAUGUUUGUAUAUACAGUACGAUUGUGUCUGUACAGUAUGUACAUAUAUACACACAAGCAACAGCGGUUACUAGUUAGUUGGUCUACUGUACAGCGCUUCUAAUUGUUCAUUGUUUUAUAGAUAUGGCAGGAAUUCAACUUUGAAUGAGAAAAAAUGAUUAACUUAAAUAAAUGCAUUUAUAUACAAACAAG